AUGGAUGCUCUGAGGGCGGGUACGGCGCUCUGUCAGAUUUGUGAACGAGAAUUCAACGAAGAAAACGAUUUGAUUCCACGAAUUUUGACAGAAUGCGGGCACACUCUGUGCACAGAAUGCAUCACGAAAAUUUGCAGUGGUGGCAAAAACGUCGUAUGCCCGUUUGACAGAAUUUCGACGAUAGUUCCAGAAGGAGAUGCCAAAAAACUCAAGAAAAACUUCACAAUACUACAAAUGAAAGAAGAGGAAAAGUUUCGAAAAUGGCAGAUAAUGUCGACGAAACGAGAUAAGAAAACGAGACGAAACGAUGGAACUUGUGACGAGAAUCCAGCGCAUCGAGCGGCGAAUUACUGUAAAAGUUGUGAUGCCGACUUGUGUGAUGAAUGCUGGGAUUGGGUUCAUUCUUUGACAAUUCUUGCUCAUCACGAAAAAACAAUGAUGUUCGAUAAACCAAUUGAAUCACCCGAUUGUCAGUUUCACAUUGGAGAGAAAGCUGCGUUCGUGUGCAAAGUGGAAUCAUGCAAAAAGCUUCAGACACGCUUGAUGUGUCACGUAUGUUUCCGCGAAAAGAAUAACUAUCACUUCAAUCAUGGAUAUGUCCCACUCCAAUCAGAAGUCGCUGAAAUGCGGCAAAAAAUUUUACAAUCGAUGAAAGUGGCAGAGGGAAAGGAAGUUCUAAUUCUGAAGAAUAUUGAGAAACUUCAAGACGCAAUCACUACAUACUCAUUCCUCGGGUCUCCUUAUCGUGAUAAAAUGCUAGAACUGAAAAGAUUCCGAUAUUUCGCACCGGAGACAGACGAAUUGAUUGCAUCAAAAAUGAAAGUGGCCAUCGAGGAGAGAAUCGAUCGACUACAUCAAAGAAUUGCAAAUCAGAAAGCCGAUGUCGACUGGAUUCGGAAAAAUAAAGCUGGUUUAGAGAGGUUGAUGGCGAUGCCAAACAGUAAACUAGUCGAGUUGAGAUGGGAAGUUGAUAUGACAAUUGAGAGAAUCGAAAAAGCAUCUGUUAAGCAUCCAAAAGCAUUAGCGUCUUGUGCUAAUUGCAUAGUCCAUGUACCUUCCUCGAACCCUCUGAGAAUUGAAGUGAAACCGGCGUAUCGAUUGGAAAUUCGAGACAAUUCGAAUGCGACAAUGAACUUUCUUGAUCAAAAAAGUGUUCUCGUCUCUAGUAAAAAUAACGUCCGUCGCUACAAAAAUCAUUUCUUUCGAAUCAUCGAACAAACUGAAGACAUAAAAGUCUGUUCAGAAGGGUUGAGUUUAAUAAUUGUUGUUGAUCCGUUCAAUGGAGAUCACGACAGACAAUGCAGUGCACUCGAACUUCUUGAGAAUGCCCCCGCGUAUGAAAAUAUCGUCGUCGGAUUGACUCCAUUCAACUUCCAAGCUGUUUCAACAUUUCUUGCCAAACUUGUAGAUAUUGGAGAUAAGGAUCCAAGAGUACGUAUCGUGUAUAUAAAUGAUCCAGAGACAGACGUCGAGAAGAUGGUCGAUUUCUCGAUGGAUAAAUGA